AUGGGCACUGCUUCGGAUGAUUAUACAUCCUUGGUUUUCAAUGGGUGUUCAAAACAAAUGUUCCCAAACAAUGUCUACCCGGAAAACCUCAAACCCCUCAUGAACUCGUUGGUCUCAAACUCUUCACUAGAGACUUUCUUGGCAGCCACAGCCACCUCUGGCGAUGGCACUAACGGCAUUAACGGUCUGUACCAGUGCCGCGGAGACCUCUCCCCCGCCGAGUGCAACACCUGCAUAAGAAAGAUUCCACCUUUAGUCAGCCAACUCUGUGGAGAAACCAAUGUAGCAGUCCGAGUCCAGCUCCGCGGGUGCUACUUACGUUAUGAGAUUGCUGACUCAAAGCCAUUUGAUGCAACAGAAUUUCUUUUCAAACGUUGUGAAGUUAAUCAAGCAAGGGCUGCUGGGCUUGGGGAGAAAAGGGACACGGCUUUCGGCAUAUUGGAAAACGAUGUCAAGAAUAGUACUGGUGGAGUUGGUGGCUUCUACACCGGUGGCUAUGACACAGUGAAUAUUUCAGGACAAUGCGAAGGUACCUUAGUGAACCAGGAUUGUGUGGCUUGCCUGCAAAGUGCUUCUCAGAAGGCCAAGACCGAGUGUGGCGAUUCCGUUACGGGGCAGAUUUAUCUCUACAAGUGCUCCAUUAGCUACAAGUCUACAAACUCCUCGAAUGCCAAUGCCAAUGGUGUGCCAUAUUCGCGUAAAGUCGGUGCAGGCUCUGGGAAUUAUCCAGCAGAGAUGGUAGUGGCUAUUAUUGUGGGAAGUAUUAUAGGUUUGAUAUUAUUAGGUGCUGUUGUCAUUUACAUUAUAAAAGAGUGCAGAUCAUGA